UGUCUUAUCCUAAGCGGCUUAAGUGUUUUGGGGACUUUACGGAGACAAAGUUUAUUCCUAAAAUUUAUUUACAGCUGUUGCCAUCACCAUUGUGUCGCCAUCAUUGUCACAGGCGUUGCCGACACAAGUCGCCAUUGUCACGCUGUGUGAAAAGUGUCCUUCGGAAAUACCUACACACAUCACUUUUUUGUGUUUGCCAGUUUAGUUUGUACUUCGUUUAAGUUGAAAAAGGCCGCUGUAACUGAAAGUCGCACGCAUUCCAAUUUAUGCUGAAAAUGUAUUCGAAUGCAGGAUAGCAGCGCUCGCCUAACAACCAACAACUACAGCAACAACUUAAAUUUCGCAUAAUAACUUUUUAUUUCGACUACGCUAGAAAUACCGCACGCAUGUGGCAACAAAAUUCGACGCAACAUCCGCAACAACGCCACACAAUUUGCGUUUUAGACACAAUAAUAUUGACGACAACAACAAUACCAAAGGCAACAAAUUGCAACAAGCGGAAUUGAUAAGUGCACGUACACGUACACAACAACUCACCACCACUCCCCCAAAACCCCCCAACAACAACGUGCGUGUCAAAGGCAACUAUGCAUUUGACACACCACAAAAAUAACGAUGAUGAAUGUGACAAUUCAAUAUCAUCAAUAAAGGCGACAACUGCAGCAGCAAACACUUGCCACACACGUUGCAACACACGAAAACAGCAGCAGCAACAACAACGACAACAACUAAAUCAGCAACGACAACAAAGCGUCAGUGGCAGCAGGCAUAAUAAGCUUAGCGGCCGUUGUUGCUACACUGCAACAGCACAGCAACGAGAAAAUGUUGCACAAAUACGAAAAUGGUGCGACCGACCACGAGUGUCAGCAGCACAAUGCCAGCAGCCAGCAAGUACGCCUGCAACAACAAGAAACACACGCGUAGCCGCCAGCCAACGCAACGUGUGGGCCAAUAAUGGCUGCAACACAUUGGCCACACUUCUACGAAGGAACAACUUUUUUACUUAUGCUUUUGUUGUUGUAAUAUUUUUAAGCAGCUACAAUGCGGCAACUGUGCUCGCAGACAGCGUUAGCGCCACUGGCUCGCCCAGCAACAACCCAGCGCCAAUUAGUCAAAUUGUAAAUACAAAUAGCAGCAACAACAACAACAGCAGCAGCAGCAGCAGGAGUAGUAACGACGAGACUAGCAGUAAUUAUCGCGAUAUGCCGAAGCACCGCACAGCGGACGCCUAUCAAUAUGAUGUUAUUAACAAUAGCAACAACAACAAUAAUGAGAAUAAUAAUAAAAAUUACAACCACAACAACACGGCUGUCAACAUCAUACUAAGUGAUUAUAGUGAAGCUUUCGCCAGCCUGGUGGCCGCGGGGCCACUAAUUGACACCAACAAUAACAACAACAGCAACAGCGCCGUGAGUGGCACACUCAUCGAAGGCAGCAGCAGUGACGGUGGCGUUGCUGGUGAUAAUAAUAAUAUUACUAAAGCAUUGCAGUCCGGCGCAGUGUCUAAUGAUGAUGAUGCGCCGUUCGAGCUGUCCGAUGAGCUGUUGGAUAGCCUGCGUGGCACGCACAGCUUGCCGCAGCAACCGAUGUAUACGAAUGACUUUGCGGUGCACAUACCAGCUGGCUGGCAAAUGGCCGACUUAAUUGCCAAUAAAUACGGAUUUAUCAACGAAGGCCAGGUUGGUUCUCUAAAAGACUACUAUCUCUUCCACCAUCGUCGUGUCGCUAAACGUUCUUUGCGUAUCAGUAGCGAACACCAUAGCGCCUUAAAUUUCGAACCCGAGGUCCGAUGGAUGCAGCAACAGCAUGAAAAAUUACGCAAAAAACGUGAUGGUUCCUAUACCAGCCUACCGGGCUACAGCCCUUACGAUGUGAUAAGACCCGGUGCAGGUUUUAUCAACGCACCAGGCUCCCGUCUAGCAUAUCACCCAACAGCGUCGGCGCGCAGCAGCUCGGCUUUGUUGUCACGCGCUCCACGCAUUCAAUAUCGCGCUGCCACAUCGCAUAACAUCUUUCCUGAUCCUUUAUUCAAGGAACAGUGGUACUUGAAUGGUGGCGCCAAAGAUGGUCUCGAUAUGAAUAUCGGGCCCGCCUGGCAGAAAGGCUACACCGGCAAAGGCGUUGUUGUUUCCAUACUCGAUGAUGGCAUACAAACGAAUCAUCCUGACCUUGCACAAAAUUAUGACCCUGAUGCAUCUUUUGAUAUUAACGGUAACGAUUCGGAUCCAACGCCACAAGAUAACGGAGAUAACAAACACGGUACCAGGUGUGCUGGUGAAGUGGCUGCGGUUGCCUUUAACAACUAUUGCGGUGUAGGCGUGGCAUAUAAUGCGAGUAUUGGCGGCGUCCGUAUGUUGGAUGGCAAAGUGAAUGAUGUGGUCGAGGCGCAGGCAUUGAGCUUAAAUCCAUCACAUAUUGACAUCUACAGUGCCUCUUGGGGUCCCGAGGACGACGGCUCAACUGUUGACGGACCUGGGCCGUUGGCGCGACGUGCUUUCAUCUAUGGCGUCACCAGUGGGCGACAAGGCAAAGGUUCAAUAUUUGUUUGGGCCUCGGGCAAUGGUGGUCGCUAUACGGAUUCGUGCAAUUGCGAUGGCUAUACGAAUUCAAUUUUCACACUGUCCAUUUCGAGUGCAACACAAGGCGGUUACAAACCCUGGUACCUGGAAGAAUGCUCUUCCACACUCGCCACCACGUACAGCUCAGGCACGCCUGGCCAUGACAAAAGCGUUGCCACCGUUGAUAUGGAUGGUCGCCUACGCCCCGAUCAUAUUUGCACUGUCGAACACACUGGAACCUCCGCUUCUGCGCCACUAGCAGCAGGCAUCUGCGCGCUUGCACUUGAAGCCAAUCCGAAUCUCACCUGGCGUGAUAUGCAAUACCUCGUCGUCUACACCUCACGUCCCAGUCCACUGGAGAAGGAGAGUGGUUGGAUUUUGAAUGGUGUCAAGAGAAAGUACAGCCACAAGUUCGGUUAUGGCCUGAUGGACGCUGGCGCUAUGGUUAGUUUGGCCGAGCAAUGGACAACUGUACCGCCGCAGCAUAUCUGCAAGUCGCGUGAAAAUAAUGAGGACCGUAAAAUUGAGGAUUCGCCCGGCUACACGCUGGCCACACACAUGGAUGUGAACGGUUGUGCGGGCACGAUCAAUGAAGUACGCUAUCUGGAGCAUGUGCAGUGUCGCAUCACCUUGCGUUUCUUUCCACGUGGUAAUCUGCGCAUCCUACUUACUUCGCCAAUGGGUACUACCAGCACGCUGUUAACCGAGCGACCACGUGAUAUUGUGAAGUCGAACUUUGAUGAUUGGCCUUUCUUAAGUGUGCACUUCUGGGGUGAAAAAGCGGAAGGUCGCUGGACGCUACAAGUUAUAAAUGGUGGACGUCGACGUGUCAAUCAACCAGGCAUACUCUCCAAGUGGCAACUAAUCUUCUAUGGCACCGCUGUGCAGCCUAUGCGUUUGAAGAGCGAUCUGAUGCAGCAGCAGAUGCGCAUUUCGGCUGGCGUUAACCCCUACACCUAUCCAACUGAGUCGGAUUUAGGUCAACCGCCUAACGAGGGUGGCUACUAUAAUGCCGAUCAAUUCGCCGGUUAUCUGAACUUUCAAAAUUUAUUCACCGGCGCCGGCUCGAAUCCCGAGCAAGCGGUCGCCACCGUAGAUGGUCACAAUAUACCCACACCUCAGCGUCAGAAUGUCAUGGCUGACUCCAACAACAAGCUAGUAUUACAUGAUUGCGAUCCCGAAUGUGAUUCGCAGGGUUGCUAUGGACGUGGUCCGACGCAAUGUGUCGCCUGCAAGCACUACCGUCUGGAUAACACCUGUGUUAGCCGCUGUCCACCGCGCUCAUUCCCCAAUCAGGGUGGCGUUUGCUGGCCUUGUCAUGAGUCCUGCGAAACUUGCGCUGGUGCUGGACAAGAUAGCUGUCUGACAUGUGCGCCAGCUCAUUUGCAUGUCGUUGAUCUGGCUGUAUGUCUGCAAGUCUGCCCGGAUGGAUAUUAUGAAAACUAUGACAACAAAACUUGUGUGCCAUGCGAAGCCAACUGCGCCUCGUGUCAAGAUCGUCCCGACUAUUGCACCAGCUGUGAGCAUCAUUUAGUUAUGCACGAACAUAAGUGCUACUCGGCUUGCCCUCUCCACACGUACGAAACCGAGGAUUACAAGCAAAUGCAUUAUCACCGGCAGUGAGAAUUGCGAUGAAUCUGAGUACUACGACAACAAUCACUGUCAUCCCUGUCACUCCACGUGCGAAACCUGCGAUGGACCCACCGAAUCGAAUUGCCUUUCGUGUCCGCAAAGUCUACUCCUUCAGUCGAGUCGUUGCGUCAGCAGCUGCGAUGACGGCUUCUACAUGGAGGCGGGCGUAUGCGCCAAGUGCCUGCACACCUGCACACAAUGCGUGUCACGCAUGAAUUGUACCGCCUGCGCCAAAGGAUUGCAACUGCAGAGCGGCGAAUGUCGCACAACCUGCGCUGAUGGCUAUUACAGCGACCGUGGCACCUGCGCCAAGUGUUACCUCAGCUGUCACACCUGCAGCGGGCCGCGGCGCGACCAAUGCGUACAGUGUCCGUUAGGUUGGCAGCUGGCCGGCGGCGAAUGUCAUCCGGAGUGCCCGGAGGGUUUUUACAAAUCCGAGUUUGGCUGUCAGAAGUGUCAUCAUUAUUGCAAAACUUGCAACGGCGCCGGACCACUCGCCUGCACUUCCUGUCCGCUACAUUUCAUGCUUGACGGCGGCCUAUGCAUGGAGUGCCUGGGGUCACAGUAUUACGACUCGCCCACACAAACGUGCAAAACCUGUCACGACUCGUGCCGUUCCUGCUCCGGCCCCGGCCAGUAUUCAUGCAAAACGUGCGCUUUCCCAUUGCAUUUGGACCGUUUGAAUAAUCAAUGUGUGCCCUGUUGUCCCACCGAUGCGGCACCGGAGGAUCAGUCAUGCUGUCAUUGUGAUAAGGAUACCGGCGGUUGCAUCAAUGCCUCGCCAGCGGGCAAGCGUCGCAUCGCUGCCGCUGCGGAGCAACAACAAUUCGGCAGCGCUUACAGUGGCGGCUUGUAUGGUGGCUUUUUGGAUGAGGAUACAUCCGGUAACGGUGGCGGUUUCUUUUCGCGUAUGAGCUCACCGCUGACUGCAAUUACUGCUGUUGCUGUGGCCGUUUGUCUGGCGAUUGUCACCAUUGUUGUGGUCGUUUUUGCUGUGCUGCAGCGCUCAAGCAAUGCACGCGAUGCAAUUCGCUACAACAAAAUACCAAAUAAAUCGGAGAAGAAACGAGGCGGCGGAGGUGGACCACGAAAUGCCGCAACAUCCAAGCUACUAAAAGCAGAUGCCGAAUCAAAUCUGCAUGAGGGCACAGCUAAUGAUGAUUACGAGGACGAGGAGGAGGAGGAGGACGAUGAUGGUUACGGUUAUCGCGAUGAAUGCGACGAAGUAAAUGAGCGGUCAGCAAUGGCCACAGAAGAGGUGCACGUCAACGAACUGGAUAUGCCAACGGUAGACUAUAGAGGCAAAGUAGUUGCAACAGCAACAAAAACUACACCAAAAAGGGCAACAGGCACAGCGAAGUCGGUGGGAAACAACUCAACAAUGCUGAGUGAUAUCGACGACAUCGAAUACUAUUGUCGCGGCACGAAAGCAGUACUGCAACAACAACAGCAGCAGCAGUCACUAAUAACUGGCGUAACGGCUGCUGCUAACGACAGCGUACACGAAAUAAAUGAGCUGCAACAAAUUAUGCGUCAGCAACGCAAAACGGGCAGCAGUAACGGCAGCAACAACAAUACCAACAACAGUAGCCUAAACCGAAAUGUGCCACCACGAUUGCCAUUUCUGAAACGCAUCGAAACGCAGCAGCAACAACAACAGGCGACGCCAAAUGUCGGUUUGAAGAGGUCACCAACAGCGUCGACUGCGACGGCGGCGACAACCAACAACCGUGUGCUGAGCACCAAUGAUAGGACAUAGGAGUAAAGCUCGCGUUGCGUUGAUAACAAGCAAGUAAUGAAUUUGCGUUUGUGAUUGUGUAUAAAGCGACAACAAAAAUGAAAAAAACUGAAAAUUGUAAAAAAUUAGUAGCUAAAAGCCUUUUAUUAGUAAAAUGAUUUAUAUAUAUAAAUUCACUAAACUGAAAAGUAGAAGAAACGAAAUGUUAGAAUAAUGAAAGCAACAAUUUAAGUGGAAUUAGUGCGUACUGGCGUAUUAGGGUGCGCUAAGUAAUUAAUAUUAACAUAUAUACAUGAAUGCUAAAGCAGAAGUAAUAGCAAAGGAGAUGAUGUCGGGUUCGAUAAUGAUAACGAAAAUUUUACAACAGCCACGAUUUUGAUUUGAAAAGUUCAAAUUUUUACGCUGAAAAUAAUUACAGUCUUAGACUUAACAGAAACUGCGUUAGAGCAUAUUGUUUAUGCGUAUAUGUAAACCAACACAUAUAAUGACUGCUUCUGUUGUUAAAUCUGUUUCUGUUAAUAAUCAUGUUUCCGUUGCAAAUUUUGCUUUCUGUAUAACGCAUUGUUUGUGCGGAUAUGUAAACAAAUUUUUAAUACAAAUAAUUUCUGUUUCUGUUUGCAAUUCUGUUUCCGUUGGUAAUCAUGUUUCUGUUGUUAAUUCUGUUUCCAUUAGUAGUUCUGUUUGUGCUUAAAAAUUUGUUGCUGAUCAGUUUUUGGCUUACACGCAUAUCUUUGUGUACAGUGUAAACUGCUCUGAUACACAUGAAGUCAGAAGUCUCUUCUCUAUAGGAACAGUAGCGGAAAACAGAAAUUAACAACAGAAAUCUUCAAAAAUUUAUCUAUGGUUUAUUUAAUUCAUGUUUUUUCUUGCUUCCGCAGAAAAUUUUUGUUUCGCUUUCGAUAUCUCCAGAUUUAUAUAUAUAUAUAUGUAUAUGUAUAUUUAAUUUUUUUCUAUUUUUUUGUUUUGUGCACACAACAACUAAAUAUUAAUAACUACACAGUAAAACUGAAAUAAAUCUUAACUACAAACUAUCCACAUGUAUGUAAAUAACUUGUAAAUUAGUAAAUAUCUACCACAUAUAAAUUUAUAGCAGAGGUAAACUACGUGUGAGCUGGCAGAAACCACCAGAAACAAAAGAAAAAUAUUGCUGGUUCAUUUUGCACUACCGACACUUUCUCUUUCC